AAGCUACAUAACUGGAACGGCCUUGCUCCAUACACGGAUCCUCUCACACAUGUCUACGACUUACGCGGCAAAGCGUUGCCCUCUUCUCUGCUUACAGUCUUCAAGAAGGAGCUCUGAGAUGCCUUCAGUCAGGCGAAGAAGGCUACAAACGAAAAGUUCCAACGGCUAUCCUCUGCAUUUUCAUCUGGAAAUCAAUCUUAUUAUCCAUUUCCGAAAUCGUCAAGGAUGGCGCAUGAAUCCAGCUUGAAGGACACUAGUUCAAUCCAGGGCACCGGUGAAAGUUCAGACUCAAGUUUUGAGAUCAAAAUCAAAACUCUCGAUUUCCAAACACAUUCCUUCCGUGUGAAUAAAAAUAUGCCCAUAUUAGCUUUGAGGGAGGAGGUAGUGACUAAAAUUGGCGUUCCCUUGGAAAAACAGCGGCUACUCUAUAAAGGGAAGGUUCUCAAGGAUCACCAAUUGCUAUCGGAGCUCAAUUUGACAGAUGGAGACACUAUGCAUUUAGCUGAAAGGCGGCUAGUUCCUGUUUCCUCAACUGUUGCCGCUGAGACAUCAAGAAGUAGCAGCCAGCAAGGUGCCGGAGCAGAAAGUUCUCAGAACUCAAGAAGGACUCGGUCAACUAACUCAGUAAAUCUAGGGCUUAUAUUUCAGAGUCAACCAGCAUCCUCUCUUUCAUUUUUUGAAUCGCCUUGGCGAAUUUCCAAUGAACAGGAGCUAUUUCCUGAUACUUUGACGACUGUCAAUGAUUUCAUUGAUCGGAUGAAUGGGGAGUUUCAAAGUUGUUGUAACUCAUUGAACAAUGAUCAGCAUCAGCUGCUUUCACUGAACAAUGAUCAGCAUGAGAUCCUUUCGAGGGGCACAAUAACUGCAACUUUACCAGCCCUUCAAACUUUGAGUAUUGUUUUGUGGCGAGCAGCACAGCUUCUUAGGGAAAAUGCAACCACGGCUCUUUCAAAUCUAUCCACACAUUUGCUAAGAAUAGAAAACAGCGAUGACCAAGUCUUGCGAGGUCAGACACAGUUUGGAGCAGUGCAGUUUGGUUUAGCAAUGCAGCAUCUGGGAGCCUUGUUCUUAGAGCUUGGCCGAGCAUCGAUGUCUCUACGCCUUGGGCGAAGGCCAAGGGAGUCAUCUGUAGAAACUGGAGGCUCUGUUUAUAUAUCUUCAACAGGGCCAAAUCAAAUAAUGGUUGAGCAAUUUCCUCAUCAAUCAUUGCAUCCAUUUCGGGUGCAUCGCCCUCGCCCUGUCCAUUAUAGGCAAGAAGAAUUUGUACCUGUAGUUUCAGCUUCUCAAAUUUCUGGUUCUGCACUACGUACAGGGCCUCCUUCAGGAUCUAAUACUGUCCCGACACUUGAAGGUCAGGCAACUGAAUGCAGAACACAAUCUGACACAGGCAAUGAUGGGAUGAGACUUUCUGAUCUCGAUGUUUCUCGGCAGGUUGAGCAGCAGGUUGAUCUUGGCCAAACUGUUGAAAGAAUUGCUCGUGAAACUAGAAAUGUGUUCGGAGAAUUACUUGAAGAUACUGUUAACCAACAUGGAGAACUUAAUGUUUAUGAAGACAUCGUCGAACUUAGUAAUGAAGAAUUUGCCGAUGAAGUCAUGGAGUGUUUGAGACGUUAUAUCAAUCGUAGGGAUGCAUUGGAGUCUGUUAAUUAUUAAAGGAUAAAUGGUGCAUAGCUCGGAUUUCCUCUUGCGAUUUUGCUUUCCUCUGCUUAGAUUUUAAUCUUUCUGUGGAUUUGGAGCUUUUAACAAACUGUUUGGUCAUGAAUAAAAAGCUACCAUAUGCUUUUGGUUUCGGUUUUCAGAAUUUAUGUACGUUGCAUGAACUGCAGAAUGCUACAUUAAUCUCUAAUAAAAUUAUCUCUGCUGGCUUUAAAGCGCAACAGUCGAAUCAUCCCAUGA